UGAGGAUCGAGUCACCGGUGUUGCAUCUUUAAUCCUCACAUCCAUCGGAUAUUUGAGCUGGGGACCUGCAGAGGAAGAGCAAACUAAACCAACAAUGACCGCAGUCAGGAGUCUUCGCCCUUCCAAGCAGCAGAACGGGGUGUCCGUGGCAGAGACGUGGACUGCGGACGAUGUUUUCGAUGAGUCGUACAGAGAAAAAGGAGGACCGCCGCCGCGGAGGGUUUUGGUGUGGAGGAACAUCAUCCUGAUGUUGCUGCUGCACGUCGGCGCGCUCUAUGGACUCACCCUCUUGCCCUCCGCCUCCCCUCUGACUCUCACAUGGGCUGCAGUGUGCUACGUGUACAGUGCUCUAGGUGUGACUGCUGGUGCUCAUAGAUUAUGGAGCCACAGAUCCUACAAGGCUUCCUUCCCCCUGCGAGUCCUCCUCGCUCUUGGAAACUCCAUGGCAUUCCAGAAUGAUAUUUACGAGUGGGCGAGGGAUCAUCGUGUCCACCAUAAAUACUCUGAAACAAACGCAGACCCUCACAACGCCAAGCGGGGCUUCUUCUUCUCCCACAUUGGUUGGCUGCUGGUGCGAAAACACCCUGAAGUCAUCGAAAAGGGACAGAAGCUGCAGCUGGCAGACCUGAAGGCAGAUGAAGUGGUGAUGUUCCAGAGACGGUACUACAAACUCUCUGUGGUGAUCUUUUGCUUCCUUGCCCCGACGCUGGUGCCUUGGUACUUCUGGGGGGAGUCCCUGAUGGUGGGAUACUUUGUUCCUGGGCUCCUGAGGUAUGCCAUGGUGCUUAAUGCCACCUGGCUGGUAAACAGUGCUGCGCACAUGUGGGGAAACAGGCCGUAUGAUAAAUCCAUCAACCCGAGGGAAAAUGCAUUUGUUGCUUUGAGUGCCAUAGGUGAAGGCUUUCACAACUACCAUCACACAUUUCCCUUCGACUACUCCACAAGUGAGUUCGGCUGCAAGAUCAACGUCACCACGGCCUUUAUAAACCUCAUGUGCUUUGUAGGUUUGGCCAGAGACUGCAAGCAGGUUUCGAAGGAGAUGAUCACGGCUCGCGUGCGGCGAACGGGUGACGGCAGCUAUAAAAGUGGCUGA